AUGGCCUUCCGUCUUAGUCUCGCAGGUCUCCUGCUUGUCCAGUAUACCUGCGCUUUACACAGCCCCCAAGGGACAUACACACCAACAACCACAACCACGCCACGUCCAACUCCACGACCAUGUAAGAAUGAAGGACUGCAGUGGGCAUACUACCACUUUGGCGAAGGAGAUGUCAUCCCAUUCAACACCAACGGAUCUAACUAUAACAUCGACGUCAGCGCUCUCAAACAUACCCAUCCCAAUACCACUGGAACAACAGUGUAUGCCAACGUGAAUAGCACCGGGGCCAGUACACCAAUCGACAUAUACGGCCAUCAAGAGACUCCCGACUUCUUCGCUCUCAACCAUCGCGGCUAUAUAUACGCCAAUACAACCGGCACCUACGCCGUUACUCUCAUCGAGGUGGAUGAUGUUGCCUACUUCUGGUACAAUGCAACCGCGUACGCAGGAUGGAAUGUAACCAAUGCCGAUAUCUACGCUCAUUUCGAUACCGCCGAUAGUCUGCAUAUUGAACUUGUGGCCGGACAAUACCUUCCUAUUCGCCUCGUCUAUGCAAAUGCACAGGGAGCUGCAAGCCUGCCUUUCUCGAUCACAGCACCAGAUGGCUCGGUUAUUCUGGGCCCUAACUCCACAGCUUCACCUUCUAUUGUGCAAUACUCUUGCGAUACGGUUACAGCUCCAAAGUUCCCGCCGUUUGGCUAUGAGCUCUGA